AUUGAAGUUGAACCAUCUGAUCCUUCCUAUCCCUUAUGUAAAAAGUGUGAGACCCCACAUGAAAUUGAGCUGUCUGGUCCUUUGAAAAUUCUCAGUAUAUAACUAUAGGAAUUUGUUUGUACAUACAGGGGGAGUAGUAGUAUAUAAAUAUAUGAUAUUCCAAUCUUAGCUUAAUCAUUUUUGUUGGUUAAGCUAGCGAAUAAUAGUAGUAAGUAAUAUAAAGAUGUUGUUGAGAGAUGAAGAAGAAGUUGAGUUGAGUGAAAUGGAGUGGAAUGACAUGGUUAAUCCAUUGAUAAGUUCACCUGCUUCAACUUCUUGGAAAAUUCACCAAGUAUGGGAGCCUGAUAUGCUCUAUGUUGAUUAUACUUUACUUCCUCCUUCCCCUAUGGAGGACUUCACUCUCUGGAAUCACUCUUGGAGUCCUCCUCCUCCUCCUCAUCGUCAAGAAUCUGGUAUGAUCAAAGGGGCAGCUAAAGCUUUUGAUGCUCAGCUUCAAGAGGAUGCUGCUGGUGGAGCUUUGCUGACGAAUGAUUGGCGGUUUGAGCUUCUACCAGACUCCCGUCAGAGAAUUGCCAACAAGAUCAUUUUAACUUUAAGGAGACAUCUCCCGGUAUCUGGAGACGAGGGAUUGUUGUUACUUAGAAAAAUUGCUGUAAGGUUUGAGGAAAAGGUAUAUACUGCUGCUACAAGUCAGAGUGAUUAUCUGCGGAAGAUAUCUUUGAAGAUGCUGACUAUGGAGACAAAAUCCCAACAUCCUGUCUGCGCUGAAACAGUGCCAGUAGUAGAUGAAAGCUUGCACGUCCAGUUGGAUGCUAAAUCUCCACCGGAAGACCCUACACUUCAUUAUCUACAAAGUGGAGAAGAGUGUGCACUGCCUGAUCCACAACGAUCUGUUACAGAACAUGGGAACCUGAAAAGGAAAGGGGAUGCCGGUCCUUCAGGUCAGAACCACACCAUCUGUGAUUUAGGCAGUAAACAGAAAAUGGACAAGAAAAUGAAAAAGACGUGGGGAAUUGGUGGAUCAAUUAGUUUAAAUGAUCUUAAACAGCAUUUUGGCAAGAAACGUGAAGAGGCUGCAGAAAGCCUUGAUGUGAGUGUCUCCACAUUAAAGCGAAUUUGUAGAGAAAACGGAAUCUCCCGGUGGCCAUCUAAAAAUAUUAAGAGAGAAAGGCUUCUACUUUCCAAUCUAAGCACCAACGAAACUGUCUCAGAAGCUGGUGGCGGACGAAUAUCAAUCUCCACAACUCAAACUGCAUUUGCAUCGACCGAAGUUCUAGCCAAAUCCAAUCAGCAGAAUAAUCUAUCAUUAGAUAAUGAAAUUGGUACAUCAAUAAAUCAUGGUGUGCUAAGGAAUGACGAAGGCAACGGGGAAACUAGGAUGAUUCAAGAGGGGGACUCAGCCGAUCAAGAGGUCUUGUACAAACCACAGGAAUUUGAGCCUGGCCGUGAUAGUUUCAACCCUGCAUAUUCAUCUUCUGAUGGUCCCACCAUACUGUAUCCAUUGCCGCAAGAAAGAAUGCCAGCUGAAGAUUCACCUGACCAACAGGGAGAAGAGAUUGCAAGACAAAUAGAGAUCACUGACGGGACUAGUCAUUUGGAGAAACAAUGCUUGGGAAGGGAAAGGCUCGGUUGUAAUACUGAAAAGGAGGUCAUUGUCCGUGUGGAAGACUCAUCGUCAUACGAUUUCGGAAGUGUUUUAGAGCUAAUUCAGGAUCAUCACGCUGAUUUUGCUUCGUUCCAUGAAGUUGAUAAAGAUCCGUUGAUCUCCACGGAUGACUUGGAGUCUAAUUGUAUUAAGUCUCAAUCUACGCUUGUAUCAGAAUCUGAGCCUUCACUAAUAAAUGAUGCAAGGAGGAUGAAGUUGGUUUUCGAAAAGUUGAUUACGCUGCCUCUGGAGGAUCUCACUAACACAAACCAAGAAGCUUCCAUGACAGAAGCUUUGGCCAUACUUUCUGGCAACCUAUCAUUGUUUACAGAUGAACAAGCGAAACAGCUACUGGAAUUUAAGUUUGACUUCCCAACCAUCAUGUAUAGCUGGAGAGAUUGCUCUCAGACUAGAAUUGAUUGUCGAAAUUUCUUGGCCGAGUUUGAAAGAACUAACUCAUUGUUGGAAACUUCAACUAAAGAGGAGGUGGAUCUUAAGGAUAGAUAUACACAAAUAGAGUGCAAGGAGAAGGAAAUGUUGGCACAAUUGGAGGCAAUUCAAAAGGAGAAAAACGAGUUAACUAAGCGGAGGAGUGAAAACUUUAUUCAGAACAAGCACUUGGCUGCUUUGGCCGAAGAGCAAGCAGGUAGAACUAAAGAGAAAGAGCUGCAGAUGAGUAUUGCUAGUGCUAAAUUAGACAAAUUAAAGAGCCAAUGGGCUUCAGUCCAAUCUUCCUUUAAUUAGGUUCUCUUCUUCCUUAUGGUUUCCAGGUUUUCUUAAUGAUUUGAGUUGUACUUGCCUUUUUCUCUGUGUGUGAUAUAAUUCCUUUAUGUUGUAUGUUUACGUUCGCUAGAUCUUCUGAUUGUGAGGGCUUAAAGAAGAGUUAUACUAUGUCCUCUUUUUCUCUUUUGUGUUCUUGUGUUUAAAAUUUUGGACGUGAUCAAUAAGAACAAACAAAAUAAAACAAAAUAUUCGUUAUAA